ACUCUCGACGCUUCUCCAUGAACCCUAGCUAUAUACCUCCUGAGUUCAUUGAAGCUAGGGUUUUUCUGCAACUCCCCAACAUGGAAAACAUCGAAAUGGACGACGCCUACACUCUCUACCUAAGCGAAGACGACGACUACAUCUGCACCUCAAUCCUCGCGCGCUUCAGCAACUCCACGCGCGACGAACACCACCAUCUCUGGGCAGCAAUAAGCGCCAUGUCUCAGGAGCUCAAAGACAAGCACAUCCCUUCGACCCCGGUAGCCUACUUGGGCUUCACGUGCUCUUCUCUUGACGGCCUCUCCUCCCAGUCCGAGCCUCCCGCUCACGUGAUCGACGCUCUCCUCACAAUUCUCUCCAUUGUCUUUCAAAAAGUCUCGGCUGCAAUUCUCAUGAACAAGUCCGAGUUCCUAUCGGAGCUCUUGGUCCGUGUUCUGCGGUCGUCUUCUUUGACGGUAGGUGUAGCCGUCUCAGGGUUGAAAUGUAUAUCGCAUCUGCUCAUCAUCAGAGGCCGUGUCAACUGGUCUGAUGUAUCUUCAUUGUACGGCUUAUUAUUGAGCUUCAUUACUGAUUCUUGCCCUAAGGUGAGAAGACAAUCACAUUUGUGUCUUCGUGAUGUACUGCAAAGUUUUCAAGGAACAACGCUGCUCGCCCCUGCAAGUGAAGUGGUUAGUAACUUAUUUGAAAGGUUUCUUCUGCUUGCUGGUGGGUCAAAUCCAGAUGCGGGUGAAGGACCCAAGGAAGCUCAGGAGGUCUUGUAUGUUUUAGAUGCUUUGAAAGAGUGUCUUUUUCUUAUGUCAAUCAACUACAAAACUGCCGUCCUCAAGUACUACAAAACUCUCUUGGAACUGCACCAACCACUUGUUACGAAGCGCAUAACAGAUAGUUUGAAUAUACUUUGUCUCAAUCCAACUACAGAUGUUUCUCCUGAAGUGUUGCUCGAUCUGUUAUGCUCAUUAGCUCUUUCUGUCUCCACAAAUGAGACAUCUGCCGAUGGGAUGACAUUUACAGCUUGCUUGCUUGGUACUGGAAUGGCUAAAGUUUAUUCCCUCAAUAGGCAAAUAUGCGUAGUUAAACUCCCCACCGUAUUCAAUGCACUCAGAGAUGUAUUGGCAUCUAAGCAUGAAGAGGCCAUACACGCAGCGACCGACACAUUUAAGAGUCUCAUUCAUGUUUGCAUCGAUGAAAGUUUGAUCAAACAGGGAGUUGACCAGAUUGUAACGAAUGCAAAUAUGGAUACAAGGAAGUCGGGGCAAACUAUAAUUGCUGAAGUGUGUGCUUCUAUUGAAAGCUUACUUCGUUAUGAUUACAAUGGUGUCUGGGACCUUGCAUUUCAUAUUGUUUCAGCAAUGUUCGAUAAAUUAGGUGUAUACUCUUCUUAUUUCAUGAGGGGUACACUCAAAAGCUUGGCAGAUAUGGAGAACUUGCCCGAUGAAGAUUUCCCUUUUAGGAAACAGCUGCAUGAAUGCCUUGGAUCGGCUCUUGUUGCAAUGGGACCUGAAACCUUUUUGGGUCUUAUACCUCUUAAUUUGGAGGCUGAAAACUUAAGUCAGGUGAAUGUGUGGCUCUUUCCGAUACUGAAGCAGUAUACUAUUGGUGCACGUUUGAGCUUCUUUACGUCAAUUUUGGGUAUGGCUAGAACGAUAAAGGAGAAAUCUAGAAAGCUUGAGUCACAAGGACGUACUUUUUCAUCAAGGAGUACAGAUGCACUUGUACAUGCUUUGUGGUCAUUGUUACCUUCAUUUUGCAACUAUGCUUCCGAUACUGCUGAAAGUUUCAAGGAUCUAGAGCAAGCCCUGUGCAGUGCCCUUAAAGAUGAACCUGAGAUUCGUGGAAUUAUAUGCUUGAGCUUGCAGAUUCUUAUUCAACAAAAUAAGAAAACUGUGGAAGAAGUGAAUGAUCUGGCUGAUAGUGAAGUAGGCAGUGCCAGACAUAGAGCUUUGGCUAAUUAUAGCCCUCAGGUUACAGCAGAUAACCUAAGCGUGCUCAAGUCACCUGCUUGCAAGUUACUGGAUGUUUUAUCAGAUGUCUUUUUGAAUACCACAAAAGAUGAUGCAGGCUGUUUUCAGUCCAUAAUUGGCGAGUUUGUUUCAAUAUCAGAUGAAGAAGCUGUGUCAAAGUGUUUCAAACAUAAAAGGACAGAGCUUUUAAAUGUGAAAGCAAAAGAUUCUACAGAUUCUAAUUCCAACCGGGCACAACUAUUUGACUUGGCAGUUUCAUUUUUACCUGGUUUAAAUGCUGAAGAGGUUGAUCUUCUAUUUGGGAGAAUAAAGCUUGCAUUACAGGAUGAUGAACGUUUGAUACAAAAGAAGGCAUACAAAGUUCUUUCAAUCAUUCUCAGGGACUGUGAUAGGUUUCUUUCAUCGAAGCUCGAUGAAUUGCUUGACUUGAUUGAAGUGUUGCCUUCUUGCCAUUUUUCAGCUAAACAGCACAGACUUGACUGCUUGUACCUCCUAGUAGUCCACCUUUCAAAGAGCGACGCAGAGCAGAGGCGGCAUGUCAUCCUAAGUUUCCUGGCAGAAAUAAUUCUAGCACUUACAGAGGCUCACAAUAAGACAAGAAAUAGAGCUUAUGAUAUCCUUGUCCAAAUUGGGCAUGCUUAUGGUGAUGAAGAGAAAGGAGGGAAGAGAGAAGACCUGUUGGAAUUUUUUUACAUGGUAGCUGGGGGCCUAGCUGGUGAAACUCCUCAUAUGAUCAGUGCUGCAAUGAAGGGCUUAGCUCGGUUGGCUUAUGAGUUUUGUGAUCUUGUUUCAACCCCAAGCAAUUUGGUUCCGUCCAUAUUUCUCCUCCUCCAGAGAAAGAACAAAGAAAUAAUUAAAGCUACUUUAGGUUUCUUGAAGGUAUUAGUGGCCAAAUCACAAACCGAGGGGUUGCAUUUGCACUUGGAAAGCAUGGUGGAAAGCUUGCUGAAGUUGCAAGAUGCUACUAAAACCCACUUCAAAGCCAAGGUUAAGUUUCUUCUAGAAAUGCUAGUCAGGAAAUGUGGGCUUGAUGCUGUUAAGGCUGUGAUGCCUGAAGAACAUAUGAAACUGCUUACCAACAUACGGAAGAUCAAGGAACGGAAAGAGUGGAAACUAGGUUCUAAAUCUGAGGAAGCUAGAUCUCAAGUUUCCAGAGCAACUACAUCCAGGUUAAGCAGGUGGAACCAUACAAAAAUAUUUUCUGAUUUUGAUGAUGAAGAAACUGAGGAUAGUGAUACAGAUUACAUGGAUGCCAAAACUGUCUCGGGCAAACGUCGCAAGGCUUCCUUGCAGCUCAAAUCCAAAGCAUCUUCAUUACGAAGAAGAACAAAUAAGUACUUGCUUGAUCAACUAGAAGAGGAGCCACUUGACUUGCUUGAUCGGCAAAGAACAAGGUCAGUGCUUUUAUCAUCCGAGAAUUUAAAUCAAAAAAUGGAGUCGGAUGAUGAGCCAGAGAUAGAUGAUGAUGGGCGCCUAAUAAUUUGUGACGAAGCAGAAUCGUACAAGAAAAAGCCAUCCAAACCUCAUUCAGAUGCAAGAAGUGAAGCUGGUGGUAGUUACUUGCCCGUAGACUCAAAGAAAACACACAAGCGGAGGAAGACAUCAGAGUCCAGGUGGGCUGCCACCGGCAAAGAGUACGUGAGCAAGAAGGCUGGUGGGGAUUUGAAGAGGAAGGACAAGCUUGAACCGUAUGCAUAUUGGCCACUUGAUCGAAAAAUGAUGAGCCGUAGGCCGGAGCAUAGGGCAACUGCAAGAAAAGGGAUAUCAAGUGUUGUGAAGAUGACAAAGAAGCUUGAAGGGAAGAGUGUUUCAACUAUUUUCUUCACUAAAGGCUCAAGGUUUAAGAAUAAAAGUAGGGUUCAGAAGAAAGGAGGUGGCAAGAAGAAAACUAGGUGAAGGACCCUUUUAUGGGACUAUACUUGGAACGACACAGUUAUGGGAAAUUUGAGUUGAAGGGGUGUUUUUUUUUCGCUUCUCAUAUAAAUUACAGUAAUUUUUUUUUUUUAUUAAUUCAUAUUGUUCCUAAACCCUAAGCUUAAGGACCGUUUUAUGGGAAAAGAUUUUGGAAACCACAAAAGGCUUCAAGAAACAAUUUUAUC